GAUUCGAGAAGAUCAGAGUUGUGCAGAUGACCGCUUGACAGUCGACGUCGCUAUGUAGAUGCUGCACUGGAUUCACACUUCCAGAUUUAAUUGAUUCACAAGGAGCACUUUUGUACCUGUGUAAUCUGGUGAACUAGUGUGCCGGAAACUGUCAGUAAUAUGCUGUAAUACCGGAGGACCGUGUCGGAUCACGCGAACGUAUUUCCACAAAUGGGUUCCUGUUACUAGGAGUUGAUGGCUCCAAGUGAUGAGGACGAUGAUAGCUGCCUGCUCGUGGUGGUUCUGGAGACCCACGAGGACCUCUGGUCAGCGCUAGCUGAUGAGAGCGAGUCACCUGUGAUUGGCAACCUCUCUUUGACGACAUUGCUUCAGCAGGUUCUGGUGUUCCUCAACACGUUCCUCGCAUUGAACGAGGCCAACGAGCUUGUGGUGAUCGCUGCAUGUGGAGACCAAAGCGAGGUGCUGUACACAUCACCAUCGGUGCACAGGGAGCGGCAGGGGCCGAAACACGGGGCCGUCACAGGGAACGCGUCAGAGGAGGUCCUGAAGAAGCUGCAUGCCCUGCUGCAGGAGCAGGCUGCCCUGCCUGUCGGGGACCAUGCGCGGCCAGCCGUAUUGGCAGGGGCGCUGUCUCGGGCGCUGUGCCUCAUCAACAAGGCGCAGCUGGCGUCUGCUGGCGGCAGCCGCACGCGCAAGCAGCCUCGACUACUCUGCCUCAAGGGCUCGCCGGACGCAACCGAGCAGUACAUCUCUGUGAUGAAUGCCAUCUUUGCCGCCCAGCGGUGCGAGGUGGUGAUCGAUGCGUGCAUGCUGGGCGCUAGCGAUUCGGCGUUCCUGCAGCAGGCAGCCCACCUGACGAAUGGGAUAUACCUGCGACCCAAGCACAAGGACGCACUGCUGCAGUACCUGCUGACAAUCUUUUGUGGAGACGCGUUCUCGCGCAGCUUCCUGCAGCUUCCGCGUCCAAUUGGGGUGGACUUCCGGGCGGCCUGCUUCUGUCACAGGCGGGCCAUCGACCUGGGAUAUGUAUGCUCCGUUUGCUUAUCCAUCUUCUGUGAGAGUAUUACGGAGUGCAGCACAUGCGGGACAACUUUCAAGGUUGUUGCUCGAACGCCGGCCACCAAGCGGAAAGCCUCUGCAGCCGCAGUGUAAAGAGAGGCUCAAGCAUGCCAGUCGAGAGAGUGCAUUGCAAUGAAUUUUUGAAGCCGCAGAACAUCAGCAUGCAAGCUGGAUGGGUUAGUUUGAUGGCCAAGCUUCAGAGUACUAGUAAACAAGCAAAAGAAGUUUGCAGGUGGUGUUACUUUCAUUCUGGGGAUUUAAAUCAUGCCAGCAUUGCUGUAAACGCUACAUCAU